AGAAGUAAAGUUAUUGGAGAGAAGGUCGACUAUUACCUUUCUCUGUGCAGAAGAAGAGAAGAGAAGAGAAGAGAAGGGUGAAUUGAAGAUAAUGGAAAAUAAAGGAGAAGGAACUGAAGCACAGAAAUAUAUAUGGGAAGGAGCAAUUCCUCUGCAGAUUCAUCUUCAUGAAUCCGAAGUCACUAAUCUCCCUGCUCCUCCCCCUGCCAUGAUUUUAGCUCCUCGAAUUGGGUACCUGCCUCUUUUAGCACAAAAAGUAGAGCCUUUCUUCAGUAAUUCACUUCCUCCAGGUGUAGAUACCAUAUGGUUUGAGUACAAUGGCUUGCCUCUCAAAUGGUAUAUACCUACUGGGGUACUCUUUGAUCUUCUUUGUGCAGAACCUGAACGGCCUUGGAAUCUGACGGUACAUUUUAGAGGAUAUCCUGGAAAUGUUUUAACACCCUGUGACAGCGAAGAUAGUGUAAAAUGGAGCUUUAUCAAUUCAUUUAAAGAGGCAGCAUAUAUAAUCAAUGGGAACUGCAAAAAUGUAAUGAAUAUGUCCCAAUCUGACCAAUUAGAACUCUGGCGCUCCAUUAUGGAUGGUAAUUUAGACUCUUAUCUUCGAAUCUCAUCUAAGCUUAAAUUUGGCAUACUUGUGGAUGAUUUUUCAAUACAAUUGAACAUUUCCUCUCCUAAAUCACCGGAAAGCACUCAAAAUGCAGAUGGCCCAGCACCAGCUAAAACAGGUAGAAUACCGGUUCGACUGUAUGUUAGAACUAUCAAUGAGGAUUUUGACGAGUUAGAAGAUGCACCUGUUGUUGACAGUUGGGACAGAAUCUCUUACAUAAACAGACCUGUUGAGAUCCAUGGAGAUGGUAAAUGCUUCACCUUGUAUGAUGCAAUAACAAAACUUCUGCCUGAGUUUUUUGGGGAAAAACUUCCGCCAAAAGAUGAUGUAUCUAAAGAAGAAGUUGAGGUUGAACAGAGAUUAUCUCCUGAAGAAACAAACAAGAGCAACACGGAACAAAGUGGGGAGAUGUUAAAUGAGGGCAUCGUCUCCUGCUCUGUUUCAGAUGGUACUGAGAUCAAGCUCCUGCGCAUUCAAGGAAUUGAACCAAAGAUGGAGAUUCCUUUUGCAUGGGUGGUAAACAAUUUGAUGAACCCUGAGCACUUUCUUCAUAUUUGUGUGUAUGUCAAAAUUCAAGAACCCAUCACCAUAUAGCAAAUUGUAUAUUGAAUUAGCUUUUUCAAGAGAUUUGGGAAUUGUUUAGUUCUGAUAGUGUAUAUAUCUCAGUUACUAUAAACAAGUGCAUAUGAUAUUUUAUAUGA